CCCGCCGAGGCCGCGGGGCCGGGCGGGAUGGUGCAGUCGUGUUCCGCCUACCGCUGCCGGAACCGAUACGACAAAGAGAAGCCCAUCUCCUUCCACAAGUUUCCUCUCACGAGACCCGAUCUUUGCAAGAAGUGGGAAGCCGCCGUCAAGAGGAAAAACUUCAAGCCGACCAAGUACAGCAGCAUCUGCUCAGAACACUUCACCCCCGACUGCUUUAAGAGGGAAUGCAAUAACAAGCUCCUAAAGGAGAAUGCGGUGCCCACGAUAUUCUGUUACACCGAACCCGGUGAAAAGUCUGAGGAAUUUGCAGAACAGCCGGAAGAUCCGCUGCCACCUCCUCCUCUGCCGCCGCCACCGCCACCUCCGCCCCCGCCCCCACCAGCAGCUCCAGUGCUCCCACCACCCCCGUCGACUCCUUUUCACCUGUCCCAGAUAGAUGCCAGGUUUGUAGAUCCCAGCAUCGGAUUGCUGAUGCCUCCUCUCCAGACCCCGAGCAAUCUCGCCGUUUUCUGUGAUCAUAACUACACCGUGGAGGAUACGGUCCAUCAGCGGAAAAGAAUUCAGCAGCUGGAGGAGCAAGUUGAAAAGCUGCGGAAGAAGCUCAAGACGGCGCAGCAGCGAUGCCGGCGUCAGGAGAGACAGAUUGAAAAACUGAGGGAGAUUGUUCAGUUUCAGAAGGAAAAGGACAUACUGGCGGGAAAAGGCUAUGUGAUUCUGCCUAAUGACUAUUUUGAAGUCGUAGAAGUACCUGCCUAGAGGUCAUGAACAUCAGUUUUCACUUUGGUAGGCCAAGAAAUUUAGUUUAAAAACUAAAUUCUUUCUAAUUCUGUAUGUAAGACUCUCCAGAAUUCUAAAACAGUAAAUAAGCAGUCAUACAAAUGAGAUAAUAUUUUUUCUUCACUGUCGUUUCAGUUUGAUACGCUUUUAAUACAUUGAAGAUGCACACAUCUCAGAAUUAGAAUAUGAGCGAAUUUACAAAAUAUGAAUUGCUUUACCAUAGGAAAGGAUGCAAGGUUGAAUACACCUAGAAUUUUUUUAUUUUUUUUUUUUUUACAAUGUCUGUCCUAUGCUUAAAGGGAAUGGAUAUUGAAUCUGGCUGAGAGUGAAGUUGAGGUGGUUGUACACCUGGUGCUUUGUCAAGGCAUUUAACAUAGGCUUUGGUGAUCCCCCAGUAAGUAGUUUUCACUGAUCUUUAGGAAGAGCAGAAUUAAGCCAGCUAACAACAUCUGCAAGCUUUUUUAACGAGUGCUGCAGAGAGAUAGAUGUGAGAUGCACAUUUUGGUCUGGGAAAACUUCCAACCUCCGUUUGCUAUGCAUUUGAAGCGCUGCGAAAAGUCUAAUUCCUGGAUCCCUUUGGGUGAGGUAUGUAAAUGAACCUCGUCUUUCGGAGUAGCUGCUCAACACGUGUGUGCUUUGAGGGUGGAGAGCUGUAGAAGCAGCUUUUGAGAAGUGUGGGGCAGAACUGAACAUGUGUGGUACUGAACUGUUGGCAGGAUCGGGAAGGCAAAGUGCUGUUCGUGGAGACUGCUUUGCACAAGUACCCUGGUAAUGCACAGUCCCCAGUAUGUUGUAGUGUCACCUUCCCAUAAGCACUGUAAUGGGUAGGGUGUUGCCCUCAUUUUAAGUUGUUGCACUGAAGUCACAUGUGAACCGUGAGUAGCUUCAGGAGGUGAAGGUUUUUUCCUUAUCCAGGGAGUCAGCUAUUUGUGACUUUCUUUGCAGUAUACUUUGAUUUUUUUUUUUUUGGUUGUUUUGUUGUUUGUUUGUUUGUUUGGGUUUUUUUCACUCCCCAAAAGGCAUCCACCAAAGGGCAAUUAGGGAAUUAGACUUUGGAGUUGCUUGGUGCUAGACUGGUUUACAACAUCUCAAAUGCUGCUGCCUCUCCUUCAGCCUUAUUAAGACUCUUUCUAGAAAGAGCUUAGCAUGACAAAGUGGUGCAGCAGUUUGCACUUACUUUCUAAUAAUGUAUUUAGUCAAUGAAUUCAUUCAAAAUCAGAGAAAAAGGCAUCUUGCUAACCCUGUUAUAGUCCUCACAGCUGAAAUUCCUGGAUAUACUAGACGUGAGGAAGACUGCUUUUCUCAGUCUACGUCAAACUUGUGUGCAGUGUGGAUUCUAGCUCUGAUGCUGAACAAGCCUUCUUCAUGAUGGCUUUAAGAGCCUCCCUUAAUAUCUUGUUAGCAUGACAUUUUGAAAUGUUUCGAACCAGUCUUGAUACUUCUGACCUCACUCAUGCCAUGUGUCUAUUUUCCCUACCAUUUCUUACAAUUAAAGUGAACAAAAUGCUGAUGCUUCCAUUUGUGUACAUUUAUUACACCUGAUUAAAAAUUAAAAAAACCACAAAUGGUGUGUGGUAUUUUUAAUUACUCUCUUUUCUCUUUUUCCCAGGAUUUUGCCAAAACUGUCAUGACAUUUUGCGCUUUUUUUCUUUUUUUUUUUCCCCCUAGUAAUUCCUGGUUUAAGAUGAUGGGUUUUUCUCACAGUGUUCCAAAAUCUUGUUGCUGUUACACUUUACGCUUAAAAUAAACUUGAAAUCGCUGAAUUUCAAAAGCGACAAGGAAAAGAUGUUUUAAAAACUGUUGCCAUGCUGUUGGCAUGUGUGACCAGACAGCAGAUUGCAUCUGUUUUCUCUGCAAAAUUCCCCUCUCUUCUUCCUCUCCAGGGAUUUCAAGUGUGACCUCCUGAGGCGUGGAGGUUGCUGCAGUGCCACGCUCCUGUGGCCUCUGCCCCCCAGCAUCGAGCUGGGUACUCCCAUUAUCACCCUUCUUGUGCCCACCAGCUCUGGUGCUGAUUGCACUCUUCUGUGGGGCACUUCAGCUCACUAAAGCAGCGGGUUUGGCCCGUGGCAGAGGACCAGCAGUACCACAUCUGAUAGGAAGGAAUGACACGGCCAAGAGCGGGGAAUAAUGAGAAAUAAAUCCUCUCCUCUGGGUGCCUUAAGUUGUUGCCUUAUGUCAGCUGCUUCUGAAAAUAUGAGGGUGACUUCGUGUUCCUAAUGUUCAGCGCUGUUUCCUUCCACUCUGGCCAAAGAUCCCUUUUUGCCCCUGCCCUGUUAUGCUCUGGCUGCUGUACUUGUUGGGCCCUUCCUUCAGAUAUUUUAGCUUCAUAACCUUCCAGGAAAGCACCACACCAAAAUUAAGUCUGCAAGGUAAAUUUAUGGUGUGCUGAUAGGUGGCUGAUGUGAGGAGUUCUUGUGUGUGUAAGCUUUUUGUGUUGGUGAAAUUGGUUUAAUAGCUGACUCAAGUAAAUGUUUCUCCCAUUGAGAGGGAUGAUUAUUUCUCCCCUGGAGGUUUUCAGAAGUACCAGGUUGAAGAGGGGACUGCUGCACAGUUGCUGGCUUGCUUUCCUAUUACCUGAGGAUUUUUCUCAGGAGAGAUGCAGUCCAUUCUGACAAUGGGCUUGGAUUUCUCCUGCAGGAGCUUUUUUUUUCCUCCCCUUAAUAUAAAGUCUUGUUAACUUGUUAACAAAUUAAUGUUAACUGCUGAUGCAGUCGUGCUAGGACGAGAUGUGUACUUCACUAGACCCAUGAGGGCUCUCAGUAUCACAGAGCUCUGAAUUGAGGGAAGAAAGGCUGGCACAGAAACAACUAAUUGUCUUUCAGCAGUUGACUUUUCAUGCACUGCACCCUAAUCCUCUCUAUACCACAGUGCCUCUUGUUUGGUAGCAGUAUAGAAAGAGAUGAUGAAGGAUGUCUGCUACCGCUAGGAAAAGAAUUCUGACUAAUAAGCACAAUGACAACGACACGUCCCUGAGCAUGUGUUAAAAUUUCCUCUUCUUUUCUCGGGUGGGACUUGUUACAUCUACACAAUCAUCUGUAAAAGAGGGCUGCAUCACUUGCUGUUUGCAUUGGCCACAACUAGUACCUGCACAGUAGCAGAAAUUUCAGACGCUUCUCUGGAAAAACGUCAUUGCGAGUUAAAAAGCAGGGAUGGGAAUGGUAGAAUGGCAUGUGGUUGUUCAGUUGUGCUCCUAUGAAGUAGCUGACAAUUUGUUUAAAUGCAUUUCACUGAGGCCUAUUUUAUAAAUCAAACAAUUCAUUGAAGUUAGAAAGUAGCACAGUAGGCAAAAAUGCUCCAUCCUUAAAUCAUGGGAAGAGAGAUUUGUUUUGAAAUGAGCUGAUGCUUCAGCAGGCAGGAAUUGGAGCAAGUUCUAAAAAGAGAAGUUUUGGCUUCCCCCUGUUGCCCCAAUUUCCGUUUUGCUGUGAUGGGGUAUCUGACCUAUGUGAAGUGUUUGCUUUUUUUACCUCCUCAUACCUCUGCAAAGUAUGUGAUUUCCCUGUCUAACUGGGACAGUUCAAACCUAGAGGUAUGUUUUAUGGGCACCCUGUGGGAGUUCUGAAGGAGUUCUUCUGAAGCUGAGGAAAGUGCAAAGCAAAUCCCAGCUUUAACUUAGGAAGAAGGAAAGCAAAGUAGUUGCUUUGGUAAAACUAAACCCAACACAGUUUCUAAAUACUUUUCGGAAGAUCUCUCCUGUUACAUGCUUUUCUGGGCCCAGACAGUUAUUCCUAGUUGCCCUUUUCCUUUCUUUCUCUCCUGAGACCUGCUUUAGGUUUUAGUCUUAUUGAGUUUCUCUGUUUCCUGUCAGCUUACACCUUCAUCAGGUGGCUUUGGCAGGGUGGAAGGGGGUGUUUUGAGCUAUGGUCUAAUUUUAACAACCAAAACACAGUCUGCUGAAGCAUGUUGAUGACUGCAAGUUCAGGUAUGUACCUCCUGCUGUUUUAAGCACAGUAGGUUAUUUACCAUGCUUUGCCAUGAUAAUGGUUUGUUUAUAAAUGAGAAAGAGAAAAACAGGAUACAUGACUCAAAAGUAUGAGAGUAGUUUCUCUUAGAGAUUUCCCUUUGUGUUUGUUCAAUGCUUUCAGUGGAAAUUUUAUCUUUGUACAGACAUCUUUGAUAGGACUGAAUCAUUUUGUUGUGCAAAUUGGAGAGCAGACCCAAUUAUAGUGUUACAUAGGCUGAAACAGUUUAAAAGUGGGCAAAAUUGUUGCAAAGUUGAUGUUUAAUCCGGGAUGAAUAACUUGAAACAGUUGCAAAGGAAAGUCAUCUUAAAUACUCAUAAAUUAAAGAAGCAUUUAAAUAGGUUACGAGAAGGAAAUGUUCAAGUACCUCGCUUGAGAAUAGUUACAUUACAUUGUCAUAAUUACAUUAUUGCAAUAAUUAAGUAUUUCCACAGUCCUGCCACUAUUAGUUCAUGUAGCAUUGAGUGUCAAGCCUGUCGUUGUGUGAAAUGAUCUUUUGAUUCUCCUGUAUCUGUCUCAUCCUAAUGUAUAAGGAAAGUAGGUUGUGAGGCCUGGGCUCACACAUUCCUGCAACCUCUACAACAAAGUGAUUGUGCUCUGCCUCCUAAUUGGUUCUACUGGUCUCUUAGUUGGGGAGGAGUAUGGAGAAUACCAUCUGACCAAUCAUUAGGGUGGGGUUCGUUUGUUUGUCCUGUUUUGUUUUGGUUUUGAACUCAUGAAGGACUUGAGCAAAUCAGUCAGGCUCCUCAU